UAUUUAUAGUUUUUUAAAAUUCUUUACUGUUUUCAAAAUAUUACUACUAAGAAUUCAGCGUUAUCGUUGUGUUCUUUAUGUUAUGCAUAAGUAUAAUUCAAAUAAGAAAAAUCUGUACAAGAAAAGCCUCUUAUGAAAUAAUCUUGGGACGGUUUGUUGAAUUUUAAUUGCACCUCAGUGGUGGUAUAUAGUGAUAUAAGGUGAAUAUAAUAAAAAAAUUGUGGAUGACAGUUAUUAGAUUACCUUCCUAAUCUAAAUAUAAAUUCAUACAAUAAAGCAGUAUAGAAACGUGAGCAGGAGAAAAAAAUUCAACAAGCAUCCAAGGCUAAACCAUCACUGGAUCCAGCUUUGCAGAAGAAGGAACCUCAGUUGAAUGAUAUAAUGAAAAUUGAUCUGAUCCAAGAUAAAAACAAGGAGGAGAUCAUUGAAAUCUGGCGAGAGUAUCAUAAGCAAAAGGAUUGUAUCUCUGGAACCAUGUCACCUGAGCAAUAUGACAAAAUAUUUGAUCGUGGUGCAAAGUUUCCAACAUUUCUAAUACCCCUACCAAGAUCGAAUGGUUAUGAGUUUAUCAUGUGCCAAUUUCAUGGAUCGGAAAUUCACAUGACGCCUCUUCUCUGGUAUCAAGUACACAAAGAGAAUGCUCCAGAAUGUUUAACAAUUGUGCAUUAUACAGAACUUAGGGACAGUAAGAAUUUAGUUCUUAUGCGCGGAGAGUUCGAUGCAAAUUCAAUCAAUGUGCAAGAGGCACAGUGUUUAUUGAAUGAGCUCCAACUAUAUUAUUCGAUGGAUGAUCCACAGCGAUUGAAAUUACUGGAAACAUUUACACAUAAACCUGAUGAGUUCAAGCACAUGGAUCUUAUUGCGCAAUUAGAAACUAUUUCCUUAGAGCCUGUAGCUAAUACCAGUGCCAAGUCUAUGAAAUCCAGUUAAUUGUUAUAAUUUUAUGUCACUUCUGUAUAUAGACCAUCCAAUAGUAACCUGAUUCAAUAGAA